AUGCCUGACGUUUCAGUGGACCCUAACCAACUCACACAGGAUGAUAUGUAUGCCAAAGAAAUGUACGUCCAGGCAAAGCACUUUUACCAGGAUGUAGCUUUCCCGUCCAUUUGUCCGCAUACAAGCUUGGAGGCCAUGAAGACAUUCGAAGUUAGAGAAGAUGAUGUUUUUAUUGUGACUUUCCCGAAAUCUGGCGCCACUUGGACCACAGAGAUUCUGUCUUUGAUUCUAAAUGGAGGUGAUUUCCAGGCGGUUUCUAGGGUACGAAUUGAAGAUCGCGCCCCUUAUCCCGAGUUUCACUUGAAGCCAAAACCAAAUUACGAACAAGCCGCUGAAAUGGCAUCCCCACGAAUCAUACCUACACAUUUACCAAUGCAUAUACUACCUCCACAGUUAGACGAGAAGAAACCUAAGGUAAUUUACGUAGCCCGAAAUCCUAAAGACAUCGUAGCAUCUAUUUAUUAUCACCAUAGCAAAGAUAUAUUCUUGGAGACAUAUGAAUCAUGGGAACAUUGUCUUGAAGAGUUCAUAGGAAACGAUAUUUGCGGAACCUGGUACAACCACCACAACAGCAAACGAGUAACCUUAAACUCACUCCUAACUACAACUAUCUCACCACAGACAAACGUUUGCCCAUUGCCACCCAAACUUAGUCUUCGUGGUCUUCCCAUUCAAAAUUUGAAAUCACAAAUACGCAAAAUAUCAUCCUUCUUGGGGCGCCCUCUAUCGGAUGAGUUGUUGGAUAAAAUCAGUGAGCAUUGUAGCUUUAAGAAAAUGAAAGAGAAUCCCAUUACAGUUCGAGAGAAUGUCUGUAAAUUGUGGGGAAUUGAUCCUUCAGAAUCACCCUUUGUCAGAAAUGGAAUUGUUAUCUAG